UCCCUCCUCUCCAGUUUAUGCGUAACGACCCAGUGGAUGGGUGCAUAACAGAGAGACAGUUUGGAGGCAUGCUGCUGUCCUACAGCGGAGUCCAGUCACGUAAACUCAAACAGAUGCAGAAGGGACUCAAGAAGAUGUUCAAAGAUGCUCAGGGCAUUACAUUUGAGGAGGUGGAGAAUUUCUUUACCUUCCUGAAGAAUGUGAAUGAUGUGGACACAGCUCUGAGUUUCUACCACAUGGCCGGAGCCUCCAUCGAUAAAGCCACGAUGAAGCAGGUAGCUCGUACGGUGGCUAAAGUGGAGCUGUCUGAUCAUGUGUGUGACGUCGUGUUUGCUCUGUUCGACUGCGAUGGUAAUGGAGAACUGAGUAAUAAGGAGUUUAUAGCCAUAAUGAAGCAGCGUCUGAUGCGAGGUCUAGAGAAACCCAAAGACAUGGGUUUUACCCGGUUGGUACGAGCCAUGGUGAAGUGUGCCCAAGACACCGCAUGGGACUUCGCCAUGCCAAAACAGAAUUAGAGACCUGUGUGUGUGUGUGUGUGUGUGUGUGUGUGUGUGUGUGUGUCAUGCCCAAGCAGCAUUAAGGAUGGGAGGGAUGUGUGUGUGCUUGGGCAGGCGUGAGAAUGCAAGUGUGUGUGUCUUCAUGUGACGAAAAAGUUGUUUACUCGACUCCUCCACACAACUCUAACCGUCGAUGACGUCUUCUCUCUGUCUCUGUCUGUCUCUCUGUGUCUCUCUCUCUGUGUCUCUCUGUGUCUCUCUCUGUCUGUCUCUCUGUGUCUCUCUCUCUGUGUCUCUCUCUCUCUCUCUCUCUCUCUCUCUCUGUGUCUCUCUCUCUCUCUCUCUCUCUCUCUCUCUGUGUCUCUCUCUCUGUGUCUCUCUCUCUGUCUCUCUCUCUCUCUCUCUGUGUCUCUCUCUCUCUCUCUCUCUCUCUCUCUCUCUCUCUCUCUCUCUCUCUCUCUGUCUCUCUCUGUCUCUCUCUCUGUCUCUCUCUCUGUCUCUCUCUGUCUCUCUGUCUCUCUCUCUGUCUCUCUCUGUCUCUCUCUCUCUCUCUCUCUGUCUCUCUCUCUGUCUCUCUCUCUCUCUCUCUCUGUCUCUCUCUCUGUCUCUCUCUCUCUCUCUCUGUGUCUCUCUCUCUCUCUGUGUCUCUCUCUCUCUCUCUGUGUCUCUCUCUCUCUCUCUGUGUCUCUCUCUCUCUCUCUGUGUCUCUCUCUCUCUCUCUGUGUCUCUCUCUCUCUCUCUGUGUCUCUCUCUCUCUCUCUGUGUCUCUCUCUCUCUCUCUGUGUCUCUCUCUCUCUCUCUGUGUCUCUCUCUCUCUCUCUGUGUCUCUCUCUCUCUCUCUGUGUCUCUCUCUCUCUCUGUGUGUCUCUCUCUGUGUCUCUUUAUCUCUCUCUGUGUCUCUCUGUCUCUCUCUCUCGGUGUCUCUCUCUCUCUCUCUCUCUCUCUGUGUCUCUCUCUGUGUCUCUGUCUCGGAUUAACAACAGAUAGUUCAUUGGCAACAAUAGGCGUUAUAACUCAUAUCUGAUCACACCAAUCAAAGACAAACUCAUUAUGACAUCAGCUCUGGCGUAAACAUAAUCAAUCAUGUUGGUCAUUUCAUCCCAAAUGGCACCCUAUUCCCUAUGUAGUGCACUACUUUAGACCAGGGCCCUAUGGGGAAUGCCACCCUAUUCCCUAUGUCGUGCACUACUUUAGACCAGGGCCCUAUGGGUCUUCUUAUGGGCCUUGGUCAGGUGUAGUGCACUACAUAGGGGAUAGGGUGCCAUUUGAGAUGCUGACGUGGCACAGUUUGUCCUAAGAGGCUUUGCAAUGGCCGGCUCUCCGCAAUGCAUCAUGGGUAUUAUUAGGGGAUGGGAGUUAUAAUCUUGUAUAUUUAUUGUUUUUUGCGAUUCGUAGUAAUUGUGUCUCGGCGAAUGUAAUGUAAACACAACCUUUUCCCGAGUAAAGAUUAAAGGUAUCGUUUUAGAGGAUUUCUGUUUGACUGCAAAACACAAGAUUAGAAAUCCUGUUACUCCCUCAAUUCAAAGGUAAAGGAUUCGUUUAAAUCAUGUGGAAUGUCUCUGUAAUAUAACGCUGUUCCAUCUCUAUAAUGUGUCUCUGAGAUAUUCUACAACUGUUCAGACUGUAUACGUUUGCGUUACCUUUUUAAGGGACAGUUGGAGCUGUUAUAUUAGCUGUUACUGUCAUGUUUAACCAGAGUCUCUGUUAUGACUGAUGUUUAACCAGAGUCUCUGUUAUGACUGAUGUUUAACCAGAGUCUCUAUUAUUACUGAUGUUUAACCAGAGUCUCUGUUAUGACUGAUGUUUAACCAGAGUCUCUGUUAUGACUGAUGUUUAACCAGAGUCUCUGUUAUGACUGAUGUUUAACCAGAGUCUCUGUUAUGACUGAUGUUUAACCAGAGUCUCUGUUAUGACUGAUGUUUAACCAGAGUCUCUAUUAUUACUGAUGUUUAACCAGAGUCUCUGUUAUGACUGAUGUUUAACCAGAGUCUCUAUUAUGACUGAUGUUUAACCAGAGUCUCUGUUAUGACUGAUGUUUAACCAGAGUCUCUGUUAUGACUGAUGUUUAACCAGAGUCUCUGUUAUGACUGAUGUUUAACCAGAGUCUCUGUUAUGACUGAUGUUUAACCAGAGUCUCUGUUAUGACUGAUGUUUAACCAGAGUCUCUGUUAUGACUGAUGUUUAACCAGAGUCUCUGUUAUGACUGAUGUUUAACCAGAGUCUCUAUUAUGACUGAUGUUUAACCAGAGUCUCUAUUAUGACUGAUGUUUAACCAGAGUCUCUAUUAUUACUGAUGUUUAACCAGAGUCUCUAUUAUGACUGAUGUUUAACCAGAGUCUCUAUUAUGACUGAUGUUUAACCAGAGUCUCUAUUAUGACUGAUGUUUAACCAGAGUCUCUGUUAUGACUGAUGUUUAACCAGAGUCUCUAUUAUGACUGAUGUUUAACCAGAGUCUCUGUUAUGACUGAUGUUUAACCAGAGUCUCUGUUAUGACUGAUGUUUAACCAGAGUCUCUAUUAUUACUGAUGUUUAACCAGAGUCUCUAUUAUGACUGAUGUUUAACCAGAGUCUCUAUUAUGACUGAUGUUUAACCAGAGUCUCUAUUAUGACUGAUGUUUAACCAGAGUCUCUAUUAUUACUGAUGUUUAACCAGAGUCUCUAUUAUGACUGAUGUUUAACCAGAGUCUCUAUUAUUACUGAUGUUUAACCAGAGUCUCUAUUAUGACUGAUGUUUAACCAGAGUCUCUAUUAUGACUGAUGUUUAACCAGAGUCUCUGUUAUUACUGAUGUUUAACCAGAGUCUCUGUUAUUACUGAUGUUUAACCAGAGUCUCUAUUAUUACUGAUGUUUAACCAGAGUCUCUAUUAUUACUGAUGUUUAACCAGAGUCUCUAUUAUUACUGAUGUUUAACCAGAGUCUCUAUUAUUACUGAUGUUUAACCAGAGUCUCUGUUAUUAAAGCUGUUUGUUUUUCUGAA